AUGGACUCCCGACAGCCACCGCCUCCAGCGCCACCACCGCCACCGUUGUCGACAGCGUCUUCAUCCUCGCAUUCCCAGCAUCCCUUUCCGCCGCGAAACAACCCAUCACCACACUACGGCCGCGCAGCAUACCCACCGCCUGACGCGCGCUCUCCAUCGGCGCCGUCGUCUGCCGCGUACGGCGAUCCCAAGGGCCAGCACCAGCCGCAUCCUCAUCAACCACCCCAUCCACCCCAUCCACAACAUUCACAGCACUCACAACAUCAUCAACCGCAACCCAGCGCCCAUCGACGAGGGCCCUCUGACUCCUCCUUUUACGCGCAGUCGCGCUCCGCGUACCCAUCGCACCCGGCCGGGCCCGACUGCCCCAUCGCUAAGUCGCGCGAUGCCGCCACACUCUGCCUCGCCGCCCCUCCGCUGCAGGGCAGCGGCAGCAACAACGGUAGCCCUGGUGGUCCUGGUGGUCCUGGUGGUCCACCGCCGCCGCCGGGCCAUCACUCGCCAUAUACACUGCCUCCACCACGCGUCGGGUCGUCCUCCUCGGCGUUUCCGUCUGUGCGCGAACUGCCAUCACUCUCGUCCCUGCCGCGCACCGGCAGCUCGGGCAGCUCAAUGUCGAUAUCCUCCAUGCUGGGCGGCCCGUCCAUGGGCCACGCGCGUGAGCAGUCAGGGCCACCGCCGUAUGGCCCGCCACCGCCGCAACAGCCCUCGUCCGCAGGGCCCCCGGGAAGCGGACCUGGUUCUGCCUACGCGUCGAGCAUUCACGCCUCGCCACGCAUGCGCUCGGCAGCCAACGACUACAGCCCCUACCGCCGACCGCAAACGCCUCCGGACCACCAGCGGCCCUUCGACGCGCGUGAUCCGCGGGACGGACGCGAUCCUCGAGACACGAAAGGCCCCAUCGCCGCCUCACCCCAGCAAGCCGGCAUGUACGUCACAACACCCGAAAUGCCGCGCUACGGGACCCCCCAGUCCUAUGCGCAGCCCCAGCGUGGCCCACCGCCACCCAGCGAUCAGCAGUCGCGGAUGGCUGCCAGCAUACCGCGCCCCAACAGCCAGCCCAAGUCCUAUCCGCGCGGCCCGCCGCCUCCUGGCGAGCAGCAACAGCAGCCGCAGCAGCAGCUCCAACAGCACGGGGGUCCGCCUCUGCCGCACGCCGACGCCAUGUACGGCCGCCGCGACGAGCACCGCGGUCCACCUGUGCCGGACUACAGCCCUGACCAGCGCAGCCGCAUGUACAAGUACGAAGACCAGCACCCGCCACACCCGCCGCAACACACACUACCUUACUUGUCCGAGAGAGAACGCGAACGGGAACGCGAACGGGAACGCGAACGCGAGCGGGAGCGCGAGAGAGAGCGGGAGUGGGAGCAGCGUGAACGCCAGGCCCGGGAGAUGGAGUUUCGCGACCGUGAGCGGCGAGACCGGGCCAAUACCGGUGGAUCGGAUCCUGGUGGUUUCCGCCCACCUCCCGGUGCGCUCGGCCCCGACUACAACGCGCAGAGGCACCCGCAGCAAGGCGGCCCUGGCCUUCCUCUGUUUGGCCGUCCGCAAGAUGCUCGCGAACCCUCACAAGAUCCACGUGACCUGCGCGACCUGCGCGACCUGCGCGACCCCCGCGAUGCUCGCGAUCCACGUGAACCCCGUGGCGACCCCCGUGGUGACCCGCGCGAUCCGCGCAGCGGCCAAGCCUCCUGGCGCCCACCGUAUGAUCAGCAGGGCCGGCCGUACGAACAUGGCCGAUCAGGCGAGUACCCAGCCUCGGCCGGGCCCGGUCACAACCAGCCACCACCACCGCCGCCUCCACCAUCGCAGUACCCUCCUCACGCGCCGCCGGCACCCGGCCAAGACCGCUACCCUCCGACAUCCCUUCCUCCCUCGCAUCAUCCCUCGGGUGGUCCGUCGCCAUACGAGUCGCCUGAUCGAAACCGCAUAGGCCUCGGCCACCCGCCGGGUCCGCAAGGAGGACCCCAGGCGCCGCCUCCGCCGCAGCACCAGCACCAGCACCAGCACCAGCAGGGACCUGUGCAACCGCAACCGCAGCUGCAGCAACAGCAACAACAGGGUCCUCCGCGCUUCUCCGUGCCACCACGACCCCGCCCAAUGGACGACGCACCGCCACCGCCUUCGGUUGCGUAUAGUGCUCGUGGUGCUGGUGGGAAUGGCGGCCCACCUCCUCCUCCGCCUCCCCCUGGAUACGACACGGCCCCGCCUCGCCAACGGUCUGCAGAAGAGGCCGCACACCACCCACCGCGGAACCUACUGGCCAUCCAGGAGAUGAACCGCCGCGGUCGCGUGUCCCCACUGCCUCGGGCGGUCCAAGGCGCCCAAUCACAAAUUCACGGCCCUGCCGGCGAACCCUCCAUUAAGAGCGAGUUUGGCCGCAUGUACGUUGGCAUUGGAAACGGCGUCGGCAUGGGCCUCAGCAGCCCCAUCACGUCCGGCGCCGCCUUGCCCUUCUCCAACGGAAACGGAGGUCCCACCAGUGCGGACGGCGCAGCCCAUGACGCUUCGGCUGAUGCGCCGACCAAGCCGGCCAAGGGCAAGCGCCGCAAGGUCGCAAAGGAUGACCCAGCCAAGCUUGCCGGUAUCGAGGACGAUGGCAGCGGUCGCGGCACGCCCGCUGGCAAAACCAAACGCACAAAAACGGCCCACCACCAUCACCACGUGGCCGGCCCCUCUCGCGACUACAACGCAGCCCAGAUUCCUCAAGCCGUGGCCCGACCUGCCUUCCAGCAACCCCAUCAGACAUCGCCGCCGCAAUAUCCGCAACACGCCCCGCACUUGUCCCCAACCAAUCCACCCAAUGGUGCAUUUGCGCCCAUCCAGGCGGCACCUGCCGUUGUCAAGCCGAAGCAGAUCGUUCUCUCGCAGGCGGUCGUCGAUAGUGUGGCCGACCAGCCGCGCAACUACCUCGGCGACGUCCUGUACGAGCCCAAGCUCAAGGCCGCACGCAAGUGCGAUCCUCUCACCGGCCGACCGCCGCGCUACCCGUACUCGACCACGCCGCGCCCGCUGCCCCUCGAUAUGAUCAAGGACAAGGCCAACAGCAUCUUGACGGUCAAGGUCAACAAGCUCUUCUUGGCGUCCGCCGCCCGUGAAGAAAUCACCCACCGUCGCGCCCUCUGGGGCACCGACAUCUACACCGACGACUCGGAUGUCGUGGCCGCCUGUAUCCACGGCGGCUGGAUCCGAGGCGAGUGGCCAGACGAUGUCGACGUCGACAUGCUGGGCCUCGCCGAGCAGGCCGACGCACUGGCUGGCGGCUCCGGCGGCUCCGGCGGCUCCGGCGGCAGCGCAGCGAAAGAGACGACGAGCCGCAAACAGCGCGCCGCCGCCGCCGCCGCCCUGGAGCAGGCGCGCAACCAGCCCCUGCCCGAUCUACUAACCGCGCCGCCCAAGACCGGGCCCAUGGACAUCCCACCCGGCCGCGACCUGCACGUGACUCUCCUCGUGCUGCCCGCCCUCCUCAAAUACGGCGCCACCACCCGCUUCGGCAUCCGCAGCCGCGAGUGGGGCGGCCCGCCGCACGAGCCGCAGCACCAGCCGCACGACGGCAUGAGCUUCAAGGUGCUCAAGAUCCGCUGGGUGGUCAACGGUGCGGGCGCGCAGAACCGCCUGCGCGGGAAAGCACGGCGCGAGCGCAUGCGGCAGGCGAUGCGCGAGGUGGAUCUGUCGGCGUCGCAGAGCGAGGGCAUCAAGCUGGGCUUUGGAUUCGGCGGCGGCGCGCCUGCGGGCGACGAUACCCAUGUCGGAGCUGGUGCCGGUGCCGGUACCGGUGCCGCUGACGCCCAAUGGUGGCGUCCUCCCCCGCGCAAGGCAGAGGCCGGCGACGGUGACAAGGAGAACCGUCCUGGUUCGACCGAGCGCGGCGAGACCGCAGCCGCGGUUGCUGAGACGAAUGGCGACAAGGACCGUGUCGCGGCCGAGACGGAUGCCGUGUCGACUGCGGACGUGGCUGUACCCAAGGGCGACGAUGCCAAGCCGUCGGAUGCGACGUCGGCAGACCAGGCAACCCUUGCCAAAACGGCUACGGACAACGACGGCACAGCGGCGUCGGGCACAGACGCAGCAGCCGGCGAUUCUGCGGCCGCGGCCGAGGACCCCGACACGACAAUGACGGAUGCUGGGAUGGACGACUAG